AUGGCACAAGCUGGUUGGACCAGGGAGUGCUUCCAGGAGUGGGGCUCCUACAUUCGCCUGGCCAUCCCCAGUAUGUUCAUGGUGUGCAUUGAGUGGUGGACCUUCGAGGUCGGGACCUUCCUUGCAGGUCUUGUCAAUGUGACAGAACUAGGAGCUCAGGCGGUCAUCUACGAACUGGCUUCUGUUGCCUACAUGGUGCCCUUUGGCUUUGGAGUGGCUGCCAGUGUCCGAGUGGGCAAUGCCCUGGGGGCCGGGAAUGCUGAGCAGGCCCGAUGUUCCUGUACCACUGUUCUCCUGUGCGCCGGUGUCUGUGCGCUGCUGGUGGGAAUUCUGCUCGCAGCCUUGAAGGACGUGGUUGCCUACAUAUUCACCAAUGAUGAGGACAUAACUUCCCUUGUGAGUCAAGUGAUGCCCAUUUUUGCUCCCUUUCAUCUGUUCGAUGCACUUGCAGGCACCUGUGGCGGGGUCCUGAGAGGUACAGGAAAACAAAAGAUAGGCGCUGUCCUGAACGCCAUUGGUUACUACGGGUUUGGUUUUCCUAUCGGAGUGUCUCUGAUGUUUGCUGCUAAACUUGGGAUCAUAGGCCUCUGGGCUGGACUGAUAGUCUGUGUCUUCUUCCAAGCCCUCUCCUACCUGGUCUACAUCAUGAGGACAAACUGGAGCAGAGCUGCGGAGCAGGCACAAGUUCGAGCGGGGCUAAAAAGCAACAAGGAGAUGACCCCCGCCCCAGCAGAUCUGCCGAUCUUGGAAAGAGAAGUUACUGAUGGAGUGAUUUUGCCUGAUAUUAUCAGACCGGAGAGCCAGACCGGCCAGCUGGUAGUAGAAGAAAGCAGCCAGUAUGCCGUGCACACCAUUGGGCAGGUCUUGACUGGGAGACAGCUGAUUGUCUACCGCGGGAUGGCACUGGCUGUUUCUAUUGCUGUCCUCAUAGCAGGAAUUGUAGUGCGAGUUUUCAGCGACCGUGGCUAGGAUGGGAUUGUCACCAGUCUGUGGGCAGAUAAUGGCCGUGUGCCGUGUCCUGAGCAUGGGUGUGAGCUCGCUAUUACAACAGAGGCUUCUCGCUCAACUGUGGGUAGAAAGGCUGGCAGUAAGUGUGCUGGUUACACUGUGAGACUGCCCCAUUGUAGUGCGGGUCAAGGAAGGAGCAGUAUACACACGCAC